AUGCGAGGGACGCGCGUCGUGUCACGAGCCGCCGCGUGGCGCAGCCUGCUGUAUGUGCCAGGCAGCUCGGACAAGAUGCUGGCCAAGAGCCGCAGCGUGCGGGCUGAUAUGCUCGUGUAUGACCUGGAAGACAGCGUCGCACGGCACCGCAAGCAGGCGGCCCGCAGCAUGGUGGCGGAGGCGCUGUCUUCGGCGCCGCCGGGUGGCCCGACGCUCGGUGUGCGUAUCAAUGCGCCGUCGAGUGAGCCGGACCUCGCGCGAGCUGACGUGGACGCCGUGCUGCGCAGCGAGCGUGUCGAGUCGCUGGUGCUGCCGAAAGUCGAGAGUGCCCGCGAUCUGGCACUCGUAGCCAGCGCCGCUUCGCCGUCUGUGCCGCUGUCGCUCGUGCUGUCGGUCGAGAGUGCGUCCUCGCUGCUUCGUAUGCCGACGAUCCUCGAGCAUGCCUCGCUCGGGCCGCACGUACGCGUGGCCGCGCUCCUGUUUGCGAGUGAGGACUAUUGUGCCGCUACUGGCGUGCAGCGCACACGCGACCUGCGGAGCCUGCUGUAUCCGCGCGCGCAGAUGGCGACGAUCGCGAAGGCGUACGGACUCCAGGCGAUCGACAUGGUGUGCAUUGAGUACAAGGACGACGCGUACCUGCGGGAGGAGUGCCGAGACGGUGCGUCGCUGGGCUUCGACGGCAAGCAGGCGAUUCAUCCCGCGCAGCUCGACGCGAUUCAUGCGGCGUAUUCGCCAUCCAAGGAGGACGUGGACAUGGCUCGCGCGGUGUUGGACGCCUACAGGCAAGGCGCGAGGGAGGGCCGGGGCGCCGUGGGCCUCGCGCACCAUGGCAAGGAGAUCAUGAUUGAUGCACCCAUGCUGCUGCAAGCCCAACGCACGCUCGAGAGGGCCGGUAUCACUCCAUAA